UCGCACGCGCGCGCGCGCUUCCGCCUUCGCGUCCCCAGCGCGCAGCUGCCGAGAUUCCGUGGGCUCGGCACAAGGGAACAGGGAGAGGAGCGGGAAGACUCCGUAGUGACGGGGGGAGUGGGACAAGGCAACGGGGUAACGUGGUAACGGGUUGGGGGAGGAGUGAGAGACGGAGUAACGGGGGGUUGAAGAAGAAGAAGACGAAGACGCAGCCGAAGCCGCGCCGGGCAGAAGAAAGGCGAGAGCGAGCAUGGGGAGCGUGCCGCCCGGAAUCCGCCUGCUGAGGAGGUUCACGUCGGACCAGUGGCACCGUGGUUUCAUCUUGGUCCUCACCUUCUUUCUUUAUGCGGCAUUUCACAUGUCCCGAAAACCCAUCAGCAUUGUUAAGUCUCAGCUGCAUAAGAACUGCUCAGCGGGGAUGGAACCAUUCAGCUUUAAAGAGAACCUGCUGUUCAAAGAAAAUAAUGAAACAUGGUGUGACUGGAAGCCAUUUGAUCGCAGUAACUAUAAGGAGCUGCUGGGAGCUCUGGACUACUCUUUCCUGGGCGCGUACGCCAUCGGCAUGUUCCUCAGCGGGGUGAUAGGGGAGCGGGUGCCCAUGAGGCUCUACCUCACGGUGGGAAUGGUGCUCAGCGGUUUUUUCACCAUUCUCUUCGGCCUCGGCUUUUUCUGGAAAAUCCACAGCCUGCCCUUCUACAUCGUCGUCCAGGUGCUGAAUGGCCUCGUUCAGACCACCGGGUGGCCCAGCGUCAUAGCCUGCAUUGGAAAUUGGUUCGGCAAGGGCAGGCGAGGCUUCAUCAUGGGCGUGUGGAACUCGCACACGUCGGUGGGCAACAUCGUGGGGUCCCUCAUUGCCGGGGUCUGGGUCUCCACCAGCUGGGGUUACUCCUUCGUCGUGCCGGGGAUCAUAAUGACCGGCAUGGGACUCGUCUGCUUUCUCUUCCUCAUCGAGCAUCCAGAGGAUGUUGGAUGCAGCCCUCCUCAGCAUCACAUGCGUGUCCUGGCAUCAGUGGAGAGUCAAGGGAACCCGGCUGUACUUCAGGACGGGGACCGUGAACCCCUCCUCGCCCCCAUCUCCGGGAUUAACGAGGAGACGUCAAUCACCAGUCUCCACGCGGGGGCACUUCCGGGGGGGGCCAGCGACGGCGGGGAGGGGGGCGCCCGGGGAGGGGGGGCUCCCCGUGCCAUCAGCUUCAUGGGCGCCCUGAGGAUUCCGGGCGUCAUCGAGUUCUCCCUCUGCCUCCUCUUCUCCAAACUCGUGAGCUACACCUUCCUCUACUGGCUGCCCCUCUACAUCUCCAACCAAGCUCACUUUGACUCAAAAUCCGCCGGUGACCUCUCAACUCUGUUUGAUGUCGGAGGAAUUUUGGGUGGGAUCCUCGCUGGGGUGGUGUCUGACGCGAUUGGGGGCCGUGCCACCACCUGCGGUGUGAUGCUUCUGCUCGCGGCGCCCAUGCUGUUUGUCUACAACAGCGUCGGGUACCAAAACAUGCCGACCCACCAUAGGGAUGCUGGUGUUGUGUGGGGCACUGGUGAACGGCACCCUACGCUCUCAUCACCACCAGCCGUCUCUGCCGACCUGGGAACGCACAAGUCUCUCAAGGGGAACGCGCGAGCUCUACACACGGUGUCGGCGAUCAUAGACGGCACGGUGUCCAUAGGGGCAGCGCUGGGGCCUCUUCUCGCUGGCCUCAUCUCACCCUUGGGCUGGGACAACGUCUUCAGCAUGCUCAUGGGCGCCGACGCGUGCGCCUGUUUGCUGCUCAUCCGCCUGAUGUACAAGGAGAUCCGGGGUUGGUGUGGAUGCGUGGAGGAGCCAGCGAGGCUACAAGGAGCACUGAGACGGCCGUUCCCGUCCCAGCCCCCCUCCGUCCAGACCCUUGGACCCCGCGGGCCCCCCCCCCCACUUCCCCGCAUCCUCUCACGGCUGCUUGUCAGUGGGAAAACGCCGCCGCUCCGGUGGUAACAGCCAAGAAGGAGGAGACGGUCUUCCCCCGACUUCAAUGCAAGAGACGGAAGAAAACCACCGACCGUGGCGUUUCCUAACGCGGCCGAGCAGCCUCGCUCCUCGAAACUAAUUCCUCAAGAGACGUCUCCACAAACGACUUGAAUUCACUCAUCUCCACUGGGUUCGGCCUUUCGCUUCUAAACACGGGGGGCGAGGUGGGCCCUCUGUGGCAUGGUCGAGUGGCUCGUCGCGCAUCUCUCAUCCCAAAUGUAUGCUCGCACAAGUUUAUCCCUCAGAGCUGGACUCGACAAAACUAGAGAUGUAUACUGUAUAUAUACACACACACACACAGUGGAUUGUUUGUGCAGUCAUUGUGGGACCAGGCUGAGAACCACCAGGUCACCCACUGCAUAGCAGCGGUCUCUAACCGCUGCACAGAUCCACGAUUACGGUUCUCCCAAUUUUACUGUUUCCAUUCGUAAAGAAGCCAAGUACGAAAGCAUUUCAAGAUUAUUUAAAUUUGAAGUUGCGUUUUUUUUUUUUAACUCGGGCUGUCAUUGGUGACGCUAACUCUCAGCGCAUUGUGGCUGUGGCAGAUGCAUUGAAGCAUGGACGAUGGAGCCCCAGUUAAGUUUGGCGUAACUGAAUAAAUCGAUGGUUGUGUUCACCGAUAUGCCAGUCCUUUGGAUGGAGUCGAGUUUGUCUAGAUCAAGUGUGGUGCAGCUAAGCCCUGAAACGUGGAAAAAAAUCCUGAAUUAGCCUACUUGUCAAUUAACCGCCGUCCUCAACGAGUGAAGUCGCCUGAUGUGGUGUACGGCCAAGCUGUAGACACUCGAUGCACCAUACACACUUUCUAUAAUGAAGCAGUCUGCUGGACAGCACCGAUAGUAACAGUUUGGGUCUGUAGGACUUUAAAUGACGUGACACUGCCAGUGUGAGGUUCACCAUCCUUAAUGUUUCAUCGUCAUCAGAGAUAAAACAGCUCAGCACUUCUGUCUGAGCCAUGAGAAUAGUGAGACGCUUUAUUCCUUUGAGGCUCCGUCCAUGAGCUUGGUCGAAAGCUUAGUUAUGGACUCGACACACGAGGGGGAGAAUUGUGGCUCCCUGCCAGCCAAUCAAGAGGCUGCAUUUGCCAGCCAAUUGGAGAUCCUUAGGGGUUUUACAUUUUAUUGUAUGAUUUUUUAAUGAGACCCGAUCCAAAAACACCAGGAUUACAGGAUUAGCAUCGGAUAAAAACUCUUCUUCUUCGGAAGGGCCGUAAUUGAUGUCUUGAGACUCGGCUGUACAUGACUAGUGCAGCCCUGGAUCAACAGACAAACUUGUUUUAUAAUAAGUUUCUCCGAAACCUGGCCUUUUGAUGCACGUUAUUACUGGCUGGCCCGUGUUGUGCUGAUGGUCCUCCGAUGAAGGUGCACGAGUUUGGUGGUCGUACUUAGAAACCAUCACAGUGGCCUUGCUGUGUUGGUUAUCUCCAACAUGGGUGGAACACGUGCUGGACUCGUGUGUUUCGCGUCUCGUAGAAGUGCCCGCACGGUAUUCUGGGUACCCGUGCGAGCUGUUUGCAUUUCCUGCGUCUGCUGCUUGGUUGGGGCGAGAGGAGCUGGGCCUCCGUGGAGGAUCCGAUCGAGCACGAUCGAAUGCGUCGUUAAACUCCUCGCCUUCAAACUAGAAAUGACAAGGGCAAACCGCGUGCGUCAUCGUCACGGCACCGUGCCACUAUUUCGCAACGUCGCUAGCAAUUUGAUUAGAAUCCUGGUCCGCUGCUCUUCUAUUGUAUAAAUAGAUGAGGAGGGACGGAUGUGAUCGGGGCAGCCUUGGCUGCUGGGCCCAAACCAUCCUCCUGUGUGCAGGCGCUGCUCGCUCACAGCGUUUGUAACCAACGUUCUGACCACAUGCGCACGCGGGCGGGCACCCCACUCGAGAACGGGUUUUAAAUUCAGAAUGACGUUUACACGGUUCUUUGAAAACUACAAAUGUGCGCAAUUUCGUCUAGCUUCGUGUUGGUGUGGGGUUUUAACGUCCACAAAUCGUCCCGGAACACUACACAGGAAUGCCAACUCGUUUUGCAUCCAGGAGCGCGUCGUGUCUACUCGACAGCGGCGCAGCGGAUUGGGUGGCUCGUGUUACUGCACCGGGGAAUUUUAGAAAACGUGACACGCCUAAAUUGUCAGGCUGCAGUGCAGCGGAAGGCGCCGCUAGUAAUGAAUGCAUUAUUGAAAUCUCAUGUACAUAAAUAAUGACAUUUGUCAAGGGAUUUGACUCUGCGAUGUUUGUGCGAGUGUGUGACAGCAAACCCGUCGGUCUGUUUCCCUCCCACAAACUCAAACCGAAUUGAAAGUCUCUGGUUCAGAGUCGAAUUAAAAAACAAAAUCCACCAGGCACAGAGUGAAACCCGACCAGAAAAGUAACGCUAUAAAGUGUUGUAAGCCACGAUAUAUUGUUUGUGUCAAACACCAAUGUGCACAUUUGCCAGUCAAGAAACGUGACGAGCAGAGUUUGGUCGAUAUGCAAGAAGAACCAUACCCGUCCGUGCCUGUGGGCACAUUUUACUUGGCCCUGCUUAGAUUUCUUCAGACAAACUUGGCUUCCAGUUAUGUGCAAUGUGGAAUCAAAACGGCCGUGUGCGGUAGGGGAAACACGCUUCUGUGUGCAAGCGAACGCCUCUUGCAGUCCGGUGUUCUAUUUUACCGCCCGCUCGGGUACCCGUUCUAUUGACUGUGAUUUUGUGGGGUUUUUUCCAUUAAAAAAAGGAAAACAUU